ACUGAAAAGAACAGACCUUAGCUCUGUAUACUGUAUUCUGUUAAACACAAUUGAACGAAGUCUUGUUCGCUUCCGUGGCGGUUGGAUGUGGUUUCUGUAACUACGCAUAUUUUUUGAUCGUGGGGACUGCAUACGCAUUGUCUCUGUUUUUCUUUUAUCUUCAUAAUCGUUGACUGGCGUAGGGGAUAGAGUGUAACAGCUCUGCCCAGAGCCAUUUAUUGAACCAGAAUCAGACCUUAGCUCUGUAUACUGUAUUCUGCUAAACACAAUUGAAUGACCAUGUGGGUUGGUUGAAUAAGAAUUUAUAGAAAUUUUUAUUCAAUUGUAUGAACAUCAUGUCGUUUUUUAUAAGAAAUAACCGAGGAAGUGGAAAAGAGAGAGUAAAGCGCAAAUUCAAUGGUACUCAGUCUACAUCAAAACAACCGAAGAAAAUUGCAAAGAAAUCCAUACCUGAUAAUGAAAGUAUCGCAAGUACAGAUGAAGAAUUUGCAGAAGAAAAUUUCAAACAUAAAACUGAUAGGUUUGAAAGUGAGAAUGAGGAAGAAGAGGAAGAAACUGCUCAAGAGAAACGUGUAAGACUUGCAAAGAAGUAUAUAAAAGAAAUUGAAGAAGAAGAAAAAGAUAGAGCAGAAUUUGAAGAAGGUGCAGUUGCACGGAGACUACGUGAAGAAUAUUUAGAGGAAAAAGGUCGAUUGAGAAAAACUGUAGCAAUAAAUUAUGUUGGCCACAAGGAUUUUAUAUCAUUAAGAUGUAAAGAGCAUAAAAAUUCCAUUACUUCUAUAUGUCUCUCAACUGAUGGAAGUUUAUUAUAUUCUGGAGCUAAAGAUGGGAGUAUAGUUAAAUGGUCAUUAAAGACAAAUUCUAAAUUAAUAGCUCUUAAAGGUAGAAAGGUGAAAACAGAAGUUACUUUGAGCCGUUACAUACAGUGUUUAGCAAUUAGCACAGAUGGAAAGUUUCUGGUUGUUGGUGAUAGGGAUUGUAAUCAUAUAAAAGUACUCUGCGGUGACACUCUGAAACAUAUAAAAGAUCUACAAGGUCACAGAGGUUCCGUGUCUGGAUUAGUAUUCCGCAAAAAUACUCACACUUUGUACUCCGCUUCCACCGAUCGGAGUAUAAAAGUUUGGAAUCUGGAUGAUAUGGCUUAUGUUGAAUCUUUUUUUGGACAUCAAAGUGGCAUCACAUCCAUCGAUGCGCUCUCGCGAGAACGUGCUAUCACGAGCGGCGGUUUUGACAGUAGUAUUAGGAUAUGGAAAAUAGUCGAAGAGUCGCAAUUGAUAUUCAAUGGACACAGUAAUAAUUCUAUUGACGAAGUUAAACUCAUUAAUGAGGAGAAUUUCUUCAGCUGUGGCAGCGACGGACAACUCUGCGUUUGGAGCUCUUUGAAGAAGAAACCGUUGUGCACGGUGACGGACGCGCACGGGAAGGAUGAAACCAACAACCAAUCAUUGUGGAUUUCAAGCAUCGCGACAUUAUUAAACACAGACUUAGUGGCAUCAGGUUCUCGAAACGGCAGCAUUAAACUGUGGCAGUGCGGUGAAGGAUUUAGAUCGUUAAAUCCGUUGUUCGAAGUUAACGUAGCAGGAUUCAUAAAUGCGCUCGCUUUCACGCCUGAUGGAAAUUAUCUUAUCGCUGGUGUCGGUCAAGAACAUAAAAAUGGUAGAUGGUGGCAGAUAGCAAACGCGAAAAAUUAUAUUGCCGUUAUACCACUGAUACAUAAUGAACAACUUAAAUAGUUUUGGAUUGUUAUGUAUAUAUAUUAUAGGUUUUAUUAUAUAUUGUCUUUUAUCUUUCUUAAUAAAAUGAACAUUUAAGGACAAGAAAUCAGU